AUGGCAGCCAGCAAGGCGGCGCAGAAAAGGUUGACGCGCGAGUACAAGACCAUCGCCGAGAACCCUCCACCAUACAUCGAAGCCCAUCCCUCCGAUUCUAAUAUCCUUGAGUGGCAUUACAUCAUCACUGGCCCCGAGAACACGCCCUAUCAUGGCGGGCAAUAUUGGGGCACCCUCGUCUUCCCUCCAAACUACCCCUUCGCGCCCCCGGCCAUCCGAAUGCACACCCCAUCGGGCCGCUUCCAGCCAUCGACCCGAUUAUGUCUCUCCAUCUCCGACUUCCAUCCGAAAUCCUUCAACCCUGCCUGGGAGGUCUCAACCAUCCUGAUAGGCCUGCUUUCUUUCAUGACGAGCGAAGAGAUGACUACCGGUUCUGUCUCGAGCACCGAAGCGGAGCGCAAGAUGCUGGCGGCACGGACACGGUGGUGGAACUCGACCGGCGGCGGCUCCCACGCCAAGUCGAACCCGGCGCAGAAGGGCAACGUCAAGGCCGGCGAUGGCGGCGCCAAGUUCCGCUCCGAAUGGCCCGAUGUCGACAAGGCCAACUGGGAAUGGAUGAAGGAGCACAAGAUCGACAUGGCGACAGGGAACAAGAUUGGCGGCGCGGCAGGGGCCUCAUGCGGGCCCCAGCUUGGCAUCGCGAACGGCAGCGGUCACCAGGCCCAGGCCGUCGUCGAUGCCGUCGUCCAGCAGCGGGACGCCGGCCGGGGGUGGCUGAACCAGAACAAGCUCCUCGUCGCCGGCGGUGUCAUCUUCUUCUAUGUCCUGCUUGCGAGAGUUUUGGGUACCAGUGAGUGA